AAAUUCUACCGUUCAUAAAUAUAUAUAUAUCAACUUGUGUUGUCAUUUUUCGUUUAUAAAACAAUGGCAAGAAGCAUGAAGGUAGCAUGUGUUGUUUUGGUGAUGUGCAUGGCCUUUGCUCAUAUGGCAGAAUCUGCAAUCACAUGUGAAGAUGUAGUUAAUAAUCAUACUCCAUGCAUUGGCGGUUAUACAGGUGGUAUCAUGAUUAGCACACGAUGCUGCAAUGCAGUAAAGAAAAUUGAUGCUGCCGCCACCACCGCAGCUGAUCGUCAGCUGACUUGUAGAUGUUUAAAAAUCAGGGCAGGUUAUAUUCUAAAUUUAGAUCCAAACAUUGGUGAUAAACUCUUUGUUGACAUAUGUGGUGCUAAAACUCCCUACAAGCUCAAUCGCAAUGCCGAUUGUUCAACCAUCAAGACUAAAGAAGUUGUGGCGGAUGCAGGGUUAUCUAAUAUUCUCACUACUAUAUGAGAGAGCUUAUUAUAAAGAGUUUGUUAAUAAGAAUGAGAGUGAUGUAGGUUCAUUUUGAAUAUGAUCCUAUACUCUUAUUUUAAUUUGAGUUUCUGAAUAUUCUCAUUGUUAUGUUGUUUAAAAAGAGGAUCUUAGAAUAGAUCUCUUUUGGCAAUAGUCCGGCGUUCGUGCUGUCUUUUCUUUUAAUAAAGUGUUAUGUAUUGCAAAAUUGAUGAAUUACAUUAAGUUUACUUCUUCCAUCUAGUUUUUAUGAUGUGGGGUCAACUGCCCCCAUUGUUAACAAGGUAGAUCCAUCCCUGUGAGAGAUCAUGAAUUUAUGCUAUAUGAUAAUACAUGGUGACAAAAAGACUAACCAAGGCAUCCUAAUGCAGCACCAUCGGUGUUGAAUUUGAACCAAAAUGGAAGAAGAGGCCUCAAAUGAUUUAUGUGAUGGAAGGGUGUAGCAAUCUGUCCUAAAAAUUAAAUAUUUAGAGUCGCCACCUAUUCUGAAGGGCGAAUAGGAAACCCUACGCAGUAUAAAGAUCUGGGUAAGUUAUUAUAAUCAGGUCGAGGGAAGGUGUUAGGCACCCUCAACCCUUUCCUAAGGUUUGUAUCUAAGGUUAAGGCUUAUGGCUAAAAGUUAAGGUUAAUAGCUAAAGAAGUGAAAAGGGCGAUUUGAACUGAAUGGAGGUUUUAGGGAGGGGGACUCGCCUUGGUUAUCCAAGUGCCUACGUAUCUCCUUGGGGAGAAUCAGAGUCAACUUAGUUCGGGGAUAGGGUUGUACGCCUUUGAAUUUGAUAUGAUAUGGUUUGAAGGCUUUUUGAAUGGCCUAUCGUAGUUUUUUUAAAUGCGAAGUUCGAAGGUAUUUUGAAUUACUUUUCGUAGAUUUGAAAAUCGCAGUAUUGAAGAGAUGAAAAGUAUUUUAAAUGUGUUUGAAUUUGGCGUACAACCCUGGUUUUAUAUGUUACCGUUAGUUGCGAUGAUCAAUAGGUUUGAUCACCAUAGUUAACGGAUUGAAGGAAGGAUUGCUAACCAUUCUAAUCGAUAGAUUCGAUUAUCACGAAUAGCA